UCGAGCUCUCAAACCAACCUCCCUCUUCGCGACCUAACGACCCACGCGCCAAACCGCCGUCCUUCCUCCACCUUUAGCUUCGCUUAGGCCGCCGCACCACCUCCGUUCAACCUAUUUCGAUGUCGCCGACGCGUUUCCGGCUCUGGCUUUUCCGAUCGGCAAUUGUGGAAGGAGAAAUCACAGUGAAUAAUGUCCAGCAUCAAGGUGGCACCUGCGUUUGCAGCCACCGAUUCUAUCGAAUAUGCUUGGGUAGUCACUUGAAGAGAAGAAGAGGAAGAUGGAGGUGCAAGAGUCCGAGUCGAGCAUGGAGGUCAUGCUUGGGUUAUUGCAUUGCCUUAAGAGGCAAAAGCCAAAAGCUAGAGGAGCUCAAUGAGAGACAAGCUGAUCUUGAUUACAAUAAGAAAGACAUGAUUGCGGUGGAGAGAUGUAGAGUUGAGCUAUACAGCCAACAACAGGGUAAGUCAGUGAGACUGAGGCUGCUUGGUGAUGAACAGCAGAGAAAUGACAUUGUUCAUAGUGCGUAAGAUGUGCAAGCACAGAUGAGUUCUAUCAAUUUACAUAGCAACAAGGCUGUUGUAAACAAUGUGCAAACCCAUACGAGGCAUAUGCAGCCUGUAAAUCCACAAGGAGGACUGUCGGUGGCAAGGAAAAGGCGAGUCCAUUCGCAGGUUAGCAAUGUUGUGAAGUGAGCUUUUUAAUAGCCUGGCCAAUUGUUGUGGAUGUUAAAGACCUUUAGAUUAUCCACUAUAUCUUUCCUUUUCAUGUUUGUUUCCGGAACACGACUUGUACCUUAAUGUGACAUUAGAAAUGUGUGAUGGUAAGAGUUACUUGUUGUGGUUAGGCCAAGGAGUUCCGCACUUCAGAUAGGCUACUAGCUAAACUUUCAUAGUAUCCUGAAUCAUUAUUUGGGGCUUUUCUUUUCCUGAUGUCAUCUCUUCAUGUUGCAACAGUACAACGACCUACAAGACUGUUACUUGCAAAAGCAGCGAAAUUUGAACAAACAAAGGGAUUUAAAUGCUAUGGAUGUAGAAGGUUAUAAUCCAGGCCUUGAAGACUUCUAUUAUGUACUAAAGGGAUUUACACAAUACAGGCACAAACUUAUAAGUAUCAGCUUUAAGUAUCUCGUAGUUUACCAUGUCUAGAUAUAGAUACUUACACCUUAUAGUUGGUAUUUGGUUACUUGAACCAACUGAUUGAGGGUCAUUUCUGAACUCAGACAGGGUGAUAUUUUCCACUCUGCAAAUAUUGUGUCGAGGUGAGUGCUUAUGUCAUUCCUUCUGUACUUUUAACAUGCCAUGGACUCUUAAAGGUUGGAAAUGCACAUAUGUCACACAAUCUUGAAAAUAAUUGCUGGAGAGAUUCUCCUUGCAUCAACUGGUUAUGCUACAGUCUGUUAGUGUUAUGAAUCUUAUUUUUUGAACUGUGUUACAAUAUAGGAUGAAUAAGUUGUACUUACCUGUGCAUGUGUUCUUUCAGUUUUGUUCAAAUCAGUAUAUGAAGUCUUCGUUUAAAUGCCAUGUUAUAUGGUUGCAGGGAACCAAAGUUAGACCUUUUGGGGGCACAUCUCAGCUAUCUAUGCAUCCUCGCUACAUACAUGAUGGUGUCACUAGAUCGAGUUUUUAUUGAACAUGGUGCAGUUCCCCUAAUUGUGCACCUUCUAAGCUCCAGCAGUGAUGAUGUCAGAGAGCAGGUUCCGACUACCUCUUACUACUUUUUUCUACUUGAUAGAGCAGCAAUAAGCGAAUUUGGCCAUCAUAUGCCUCUCUAUGUCUUUAUUAUCACAAGUUGUCCCAGUAGCACCUCUUAUAGAGCUGGGUUGAUCUAUUGUUCAUGAGAGAAUGUAAUAGAGGUUCUGGGAUAUGUUUUUUGUUUUCAGACAAGAGGUUCUAGGUCAUGUUGAUGUAUUGUUGAAUAUUUGAGUUCAAUAUAUAUUUUUGAUUCAAUAAGUAUUA